UUAUAAAAUGAACAAUAACAAAUAUGUACAUAUCUGUUUUUAAUUGGACAGUUCACCCGUAUUUCUCCUAGAUGGCAUUGGGCUUGUGGUGCUCAAACCUCAACCCUGAUGUCUCUGUCCAGAAAUCAUGACCAGGUCACUCAAGAUAAUCCACAGGCCUCGUUGUCAGCAGUUUCAUGUAGGAACUUUGAGCACCAUCUAGUUUCAUUAUAUUUAAGAGAAGGCAGACAUCUCUAUGGCUGAUAACUCCAACACUCGGCAACUCACACCAAAACAAUCUAGACUUAUAAAUAGCACUACAGGUUAGAGGAAUAUAAAUACUGUCUCUUUAAAAUGGAAAGAGCUGCACAGUAGCCUAUUUAAAACAAAAGGACGCUGUGCAAAAUAUUUAUCUAGGAACAUGCAAAUGUUCACAGCGUAAAGUACAAAGAAUAUUUGCAAUAUGCAGACACAAUGAGCACAUUUUUAGGUAUUCACUUGGGGGCAUUUGAUAGAUUUAUUAGAUAUCUGCAUGCAUUGCUAACUAGUUAAUACGCCUGUAAAAAAAAAAAAAUCACGUAAAACCAUGAAUUGUAAGUCAUUUAAUGUUGGAAUUAAAGCUAUCAAGAAGAUAAAAUGAAGGUUCACAAUGAAAAUUCAGCAUCCCUGUAGGUCCACGUAGCAUCAAGUAAGUGCAGACAAUAUAGUAAGUAUAACUUGAUGCACUGUAAUUACAGGAGCUAUAAAUGGAGUAGGCUGGUACUUUGUUCAGUGGGCCAGCAGAGUGUAGCCUCACGAGACUCUGCUGGUAUACAGUACAUGAAAGAGCUCAGUCAGCAGAGCAAGACAAGUGCUUCCUCAGAAAAACCACAUCCUUCCUUUUGAGUGAGCAAACAAAAAAAUGUGUCUUCAUCUCUGUGUGCUUCCUCCUCCCCUCUUUCUCGCUCUGUCUCUGGCUUUGUCUCAUGCUGUCAGAAACUCACACCGGCACAUUUCGCAUAACGCACAGACACAUUAAGUUCUUUCAUGCAACUGCAGGCACUCACACUAGUGAGUUUCAUACAGCCUGUGGGGAUGGCAGCUCUGAGUCUGUGUGUCGAUUUUGCAUUUCAAGCCAAGUAAAAACUAGCUUUUGUUUAUUAAGUGUUUAGUUUGUUACACCAACUUUGACAUGUUUCUGGCAAGUUCUAAUCAAAUGUACGAAUCCCUUCGGUCAAGCAGCCUAAUACCGAAACCUCAAGAUAAGCAUGACCAGGUUUGCUCUAAGUCACUUCAGUGAUUUUAAUGCUCAGUCAUCUCUCGUCCAGUCAUCGCUGUACUCUGUUUGAGUGGUGUCGAGAGCAACACUUGGGCCACAGAGGCAGCCCCUUCAACCUUAGGACCCGUUUCUCAGUUGACAGGAGGUCACGUGUUGUGGCCUGGUUUCUGUGAAAAAAUGACUAGGGUGGUGAGAACAGAGAAAAUGACAGCUGAAUACUGGACGCGCUGAGACGAAGAAAAGCUGCCACUCUGUGUCUUAUUCAGAUGUUACUGAAGUGGAGGCUGUUUGAAUGAAGAAAAGAAGAAACAUUUGCUGUUAAGAAAAAUAGAAAUCGCAAGAUUCAGUCAGCACCAAAUGCAAAUCAGCUGUCAUCGCUUAACCAAUGACACAGAAAGUUUUCACACCUGUAAGGUUGCUACUGUAAUAGAAGGAAUUUCCCAUAGACAUAUUACUGUUUAUUGCUGGCAACAUUUGUUUGUUUGUCUCAAAAGCUGUCUGUUGUGCACUUUAGUUUCUCAUUCAUGAUGAAUAAUGUGACUUUUGGUAUCACCUUUACAUUUGAUAUUGUUAGUCUGAUAUAAAUCUCUUUGUAUUGCUCAAUCCUGUGUGUCAUAAUGUUGCAUAGCAGCUCAUCAGAAUAAUGUGACUUCUUGGAAUAAUGUUUAUCUCCCCAGCAGUUUUUUGUUAAAGCAACUGAACCGCUUGGAGUCAAAUGACUGGUGUAUGAUAUUUUCACUGAAAUGACCUUGUCAUCCAAGUUGAAGACAGAGAGGAAGAGGCAGUGACAGAUGUAAGAAAGAGAGCGAUGAAGAGUGCUUGCAACCAAAAGCCUGAUUUUGGAUGAAACGAGAGAGACGUUGCCUGUGGAAAAACUGUGGAGGCUGGUGGAGGGCUUGUUUUUGUGCACAGACUGAGCCAGGGGGUCGCAGCAAGAGACGAAGACAGGAUGAGCAUGCAAGGCACAGAAAUCUCAAAAGGCACCAUCAAGAUGUCAGGCUUUCAAUAUGAGUCAUCGCUGACAUUUUAUGAAUAGUCCCCUGAUACACUUCUGGUCCCCUGUUCAGUCUCACACUCAGAGGGUCCCGGGUUACAUCUUGUCUCACAUUCUCAUCCAAGAUGCAGCCACUCUGUGCUUUUACCUUCCUGUGCACUCUCUCUUUCCUCUCUCCUGUGCUGUCUCGACAGUGCACUGACACAGAAUAUGCCUGGCCAUUGGACAAACCCCAUUUAUGCUGUCAAAUGUGCGCACCAGGUAAACAUAUGGCUGGGCGUAAUCAGAAUAUUUGUGAUACUGAUUGUGCACCUUGCACGGAAGGCCUAUACACUGAAAAGUACAACGUGGACAUGACCUGCGAAGUUUGUGUAAACUGCAAUAAACCAAACAUGGAGUAUAAGAGAAAUUGCAGCACCACUCAUAACGCUGUGUGUGGAUGUAAAGCCGGCUACACAUGUAGAGACCCGUCCUGCAAGAACUGUGUGCCAGUACCAACCUCCACCAUCAAAACAACACUCCCUCCACCCACUACAGCCCUGAAACCUGGAUCCCUCACCACACUCUGGGAACCUUCUCAGCCAAUCAAAGAUACGGCAUGGUUCCUGGUGAUCAUCGCUCUCCUGUGUACAGGACUUGCACUUGUAGUUUUGACAAAAAUCAAGCCCUUUCUGCGUUGGAUCAAAUCCAAACAGGGAUACUUUUUGGCUAAAGAAGCUGCACCAGCGCCACAGGGCUCCGAGGACGAAGAAGUUUCCACUCCUGUUCAGGAAGUGCUCGGGAAAUGUGAUCAGUGUGAUGUCUGAGUUUAAGACCCUGAACUUCAGUGAGCAAGAAUUUGACAAGCAGACAUUUAGUGCAAAACAUCUCUUGUUGUUUUGAACGUUUGUGACAAAUGUGAGCAAACGUCACUUGGCCCGUGCCGAUGAAUGGAAACUACAGAAAAUGUUUCAAGACUGAUGCUGUUUUCCGGAAGGAGAUGUGACUUUUUGACAUCUGUGACGUUAAGACGAUAAAGCUGUACAAAGAAACACACAGAUAACAAAUCUGAAAGACACUGAGUGAGACUGUGAUGGUAAUAUAUGAGUUGCAAAUUGUGCAGUGCGUUGCUAAAUGGUGGUAUGUACCAUAGUACAAAAAAGUUAAACAUAUUCCACAUCUUUACAUUUCAGCCCUGUCUCACAGAAAAAUGUGAAAUGGACACGAACUCUUAAUGCAUGAUGUGGUGGUGGGCACAAAAUGCACCACAAAAAACAAUGCCACAAAGUCAGUUUGGAUCUUUUGUUGUGGUGGACACACCAGUUAAGUAUACAGCACAACAAAAUCUGCGUAAGAUUGUUGGGAAGGAUGGUGGAUGUGUCAAACAAACAUGGACUUUCAACUAGGAGACCGCUGUGUGUGUCCUGUGUGAACUGAUUAUAGAAAACAAGUGUCGCACACUCUGGCUUCAAAUGCAUUUCUUUUAUUUUGUGUCCCAUGAGAGGCCAAAAGUCAGCUUUACGUAACUUUACAUAACUAUGCAAAGUACUUUAUGUAGGUACUACAUGUAACCACACAAAGUAUGUAAGUUUACGUCACAUACUUAGUUAUAUUACCAAAAACAUGUUUUUUCCUCUCUAAACU